GUGCUGAAAAAAAACAACACUAGCCUGCAAAAAUGCCGCUUUUUGGUAAAUCUCAUAAAAACCCUGCUGAUAUAGUGAGGACACUGAAAGAAAACAUGGCGAUACUAGUGAAGCAUGAGAAAAAGGCAGACAAGGCCUCAGAAGAAGUGUCCAAAUGCUUGGUGGCCAUGAAGGAAAUCCUGUAUGGCACCAACGAGAAGGAGCCACAGACAGAAACAGUCGCUCAGCUAGCACAAGAAUUGUACAACAGUGGGCUCCUCAUUACUCUGGUCGAUGAUCUCCAGGUGAUUGACUUUGAGGUAAGCAAGACUCC